AUGAAUGAUGAAAAGGAAGCUAAUAAGGCAAUGUGGAUCCAACACGAGGUCUUCCCGGAUCAACCACCAAUUUUCCUUUAUGAAUUUCCAUCAUGCCCGUCUCAUCACCUUGUAUAUCUGGCCCAGAUCAAUAUACAAGGUGAUGAGAUGGGUUCGAUCGUGGGGAAUCCCAGUAUCUUUGUUCGAGACGCCUAUGUGAAGUUUUGUCACUUCCCACCUACAAUUCCUAUUUCUCCCACUAAAACUGCCUACAAUCCUGGUAAGGCAUCAUCCCAUCCUGAUGAGCCUAAACACAAAAAACCAUGA